AUGGGAGAAUUUGAGGAUGAAUGGGAGGACGAAUUUGAGGAGGACGAAAAUGUUGUCGAUCGAACUGCCGAUAAGUUAGCAGGCGAGUACGAAGUGGUUCCACCAAUCGAGGACGAGGAACCCCCGGCUCCAAAAAAAAGAUUAUUCCUCCCGGGGUCGUAUGAAUUAGAGGAUGAUGAAGUACUUGAGCCAGAUAUGUCGGUUUAUGAGAUGCUUCAUCCAAUGGGCGUUACAUGGUCAUGUUUAUCGUUCGAUGUGCUCCGGGACCACUUGGGCGACCAGAGAGCUCACUACCCUGCUACUGCCUUCAUCGUCACUGGUACUCAGACACCCAAAGGGACAGCAAAUGAACUCCUCGUCAUUAAGAUGAGUGGGCUACACAAGAAUAGGAUGGUCGAUGAUUCUGACUCUGAAGAUUCUGAGGAUGAAGAUGCAGUGGAGGAUGAUCCGGUAGUAGAAAUGAAAUCCAUUCCACAUACCGGUGGUGUCAAUCGAGUGCGUGCCCAAAGCCUUCCACAAACCAUUGGUCUGCCACCCGUCUCAAGUCCGUAUUAUGCCGCCUCGUGGGCAGAAACCGGGAAGGUUCACAUUUGGGAUGUCCGCCCGCUCAUCGAAGCUCUCAAUGUACCAGGGCAUUUCUUUGACCGGAAAACCCUUAGCAAGGGAGUUUAUACCGUGCAAUCUCACGGAAAGGCGGAAGGAUUUGCAAUGGACUGGUCGCCCGUAUACCCUAAUAUGCCCGCCCCACGCCUCCUCACAGGGGACAUCCACUCCAAAAUCUAUCUCACGUCCGCCACUCCCACGGGUUUCAAAACGGAUGGUCAAGCCUUUAAUUCGCAUUCUAGUUCGGUUGAAGAUAUUCAAUGGUCCCCAUCGGAGUCGACCGUCUUUGCGUCCUGUUCAGCCGAUCAAAGCAUUCGGAUUUGGGAUGUGCGCGUGAAGGGGCGGAAAAGUGUUCUCAAUGUUGAAGGGGCUCACGACAGCGACGUAAAUGUUAUCAGCUGGAAUAGAGAGACAUCUUACCUUCUGGUCAGUGGAGGGGACGAGGGUAACAUCAAAAUUUGGGACAUGCGAAACUUCAAAGGUGCAUCGGCACCAGCUCCUUCACCAGUCGCUUCCUUUGGCUGGCAUACUGCACCCAUCACAUCUAUAGAAUGGAGCCCGACUGAGGAAUCCGCUUUUGCAGCUUCCGGCGCCGACGAUCAGAUAACUUUGUGGGACCUCUCGGUAGAAGCAGACGACGAGGAUGUUGGUGCAAAGGAAAUGGUCACGGCGCAAGGCGAGGCAACGAAGACCGUCCCUCCACAGCUGCUGUUUUCUCAUCAGGGUCAAAAAGAGAUCAAAGAGGUUCAUUGGCAUCAACAGAUUCCCGGGGCAGUGAUAAGCACGGCGGCAGAGGGAUUUAACGUAUUUAAGACAAUUUCCUUCUAAACACGACGCGGGGUGUUGCUUUGCGUAUGGGUAGUCCUUGCUGAUAUAUAUAUGGCAAGAUACCAUUAUAUGACCAACAUCGGGUGACAGGACGUUCAAUACAUUCCAAGACUGUUAUUACCCUUGGGUGAACGUAUCUAGAAAGCGAUGUCUUGAGCUUGAUGGAACACUUGG